AUGGAAGCUGUAGAAAGCACAAUGGCAAGGAUAUGGAGAAUAAGCAAACGAGCUACUUUCAAAGAAGUAGAGGUAAAGGUUUUCGUGAUUACUUUUGUGACUCAAGCAGAUAAACAUUGGAUUCUCGAAGGAAAACUGUGGUUGUUCGAAAACGCCUUGUUUUUACUGAUUCAUUAUGAUGGGGUCCUUCAACCAGGUAAGUUUCCUAUGGACCACGAAUCCUUUUGGUUGCAAAUCCACAGCUUGCCAUUAGGGUGUAUGACGGAAGAGUGUGGGCAACAGAUUGGUAGCUCAGUUGGGAAGGUUUUAGAGGUGGAUGUUGGAGAAGACGGCAUAGGAUGGGGAAAGGCUCUUCGAGUAAGGGUGGAAGUACCACUGACUAAAGCCAUAGCGAGGGGCAGUUUCCUCAAUGUUCAGGGCCAAAAGGUGUGGGUCACUUUCAAGUAUGAAAAGUUGCCAAAAAUAUGCUUUAGUUGUGGGUGGAUAUUACAUGGUGAGACGGGAUGUUUAUCGGGGAAGGGAGAUCAAAGCGAGACAGAUGAAAAUAGCAGACAGUUCGGGCCAUGGUUGAGAGCUGAAAGAAACAUUAGAAGAAGGUACUCAUCCUAUACUUUUGAAUGGAGAGGAAGCAAGGAGGGAGGCACAAGAGCUUCGGGGAGCAGGCAGAAGGGAGAAGAAGCAGAGGGGUCCACUGGGAGCUUAGCUCAGGGAGGGACACCGAGUAAAGCUGAUCAGGGGUAG